AUGACUUUCCCGCAUCCUCUUCCCCGGUCCCUUUCACGGACCCUCUCCCCCUCUCCCCUUCUCCCCCUCUUCCCCUGCCGGGCCAUGCCCCGAGCCCGCCCCCGGCCCCGGGCGGUGCUGCCCCUGCCCCAGCCCCGUCCCCGUCCCCGGGCCCGCCCGUCCCGCCGCGGUCUCGCCUCCGCCCGGCUCUCGCUGUCCUGGCUGUGGCGCUGUUGUCUGGGCAUCAGUGCCUGGCGGGGGGGCGGCAUCGCCUCUCUUUGGCUCCGCUUGUCCCGGCCCCGGCCCCGGCCCCGGCCCCAGACUUGGCCCUGGCCCCAGCCCCAGCCUUGGCCCCAGCCCCAGCCCCAGCCCCAGCCUUGGCCCCAGCCCCAGCCUGUCCCGGCCCCAGCCCCAGCUUUAGCCCUAGCCCCAGCCCCAGCCCCAGCCCCAGCCCCGGCCCCAGCCCCAGCUUUAGCCCCAGUCCCAGCCCCGGCCCCGGCCCCAACGACUCCGCCGGGGCCCGGGGCGGGUGGGGAUUCCCGGCCCAGGGCGGUCGGGGGGCGGUCGGGGGCCGUGUCUGGCCCCGGGCCGAGCGCUGCCAGCCGCGUGUCGCCCGCAGGGAAGUCGCAGGAGGCGUUGCAGGAGCGGUACCGGAUGGGUUCGCUGCUGGGCAGAGGCGGCUUCGGCAGCGUCUUCUCGGGCACCCGGCUCCCCGCUGCUGCCCCUUGCUCGCAGGUGGCCAUCAAGCGCGUGCCGCGGGGUCGCAUCCGGCGCUGGGGCGAGCUGCCCAACGGCGCCCGUGCGCCCCUGGAGAUCGUGCUGCUGGACAAGGUGUCCACUGGCUUCCCUGGAGUCAUUCAGCUGCUGGAGUGGUUCGAGCUUCCCAGCUGCUUCUUGUUGGUGCUGGAGCGUCCGGAGCGAUGUCAGGACCUCUCUGAUUUCAUCGCGGCUCGGAGGUUCCUGCCGGAGGAGGAGGCGCGGGGGCUGUUCCGCCAGGUGCUGGAGGCCGUGCGGCACUGCAGCAGCUGCGGGGUCCUGCACAGGGACAUCAAACCGGCCAACAUAAUCAUGGACCUGGACAGCGGGCAGCUCAAACUGAUUGACUUUGGCUGUGGCACCUUUCUCCAGGACACAGUCUACACCCAGUUUGCAGGAACACUGUCCUACAGCCCCCCAGAAUGGACCCACCUCAAAUGCUACCACGGCGAGGCAGCAAUGAUCUGGUCCCUGGGUAUCCUGUUGUACCAGAUGGUCUGCGGGAAGCACCCGUUCCAGAAGGGCCGGGACAUCAUCUGGGGCCAGCUCAAGUUCCCACAACAGCUCUCUCAAGAGUGCCAAGAUAUUAUCAGUUGGUGUUUAUCCAUGCGCUCCUUGGACAGGCCAUCUGUGGAAGAUCUGUUCUAUGACCCUUGGCUGCAGGGUGUUCAUCUGCCCUAGAAAAUGGGAGACAUUCACAGGCACCAUUUGAUCCAGGAGCCUGGAUCAAACAGCUCCACACAUCUCUUGGUGAUAAGAAGCAAAGAAACCCAGACUUCUUCGUCCUGCCUGUACCACGGAGCAGGGGUCAUCAGAUGGGAACAUCUGUUCUGGAGCUGAGCUGGUCUUGCAAGCACUGGCGACCACCAUCCAACCUGGUUUUACUUGUCCUGCUUCAGUGAUGGCUGAGUCCCUGGGCAGAGCACUGACAGCCUGGUCUGGCCCCCAGGGAAGGAGAAGCAGCCCCUGGAGAAGGUGUCCCAGGUGGGGCUGCUACAAGGACAACCUCAAGGAUGACAACCUCUUCCUCGACCUGGCCACUGGCAGCUGGAGAUGAUCGACUUUGAUUCUGGCACUUUCUUUACAGACAUGCUCC